AUGGCUUCUGUCAAACCUAGCGAGCCAACCAACCCUGUGGUCUUUUUUGACCUGGCCCUCGGCGGCGAGCCCCUUGGCCGUAUCAAAAUGGAGUUGUUCGCGCAUAUUACUCCCAAGACUGCUGAAAAUUUCCGUCAAUUUUGCACCGGAGAGAGCAAAAACCAGAAGGGCCAGCCCCAGGGCUACAAGGGAAGCAAGUUUCACCGAGUGAUUAAAGAUUUCAUGAUUCAGGGGGGUGACUUUGUCAAUGGUGACGGCACUGGCAGCUGCACUAUCUAUGGCACCACGAAGUUUGCUGACGAGAAUUUCUCACUGUCGCACGACCGUCCGGGGCUGUUGAGUAUGGCGAACUCUGGCCCCAACACCAAUGGCUGUCAAUUCUUCAUUACAACUGUGGCGACCCCAUUCUUGAAUAACAAACAUGUUGUCUUUGGCCAGGUCAUUGACGGGAUGGAUGUUGUGAAAAUGGUAGAGCAGACUCGGACUUACCGAGACAAACCGAACCAGGAUGUCACUAUUGUACAGUGCGGAGAGAUGUGA